AUGUAUAUAAUUACAGGUGCAACCGAUCCUGUCCUGGUCCAUGUUAUUGAGCCUAUCGUAUUCGCCAAUUCUCGAAACAACGCCACCACCUCCCUCAACCACCACCAUCCAUCUACCCCAUCUGCAAAAUCUAUGUCCCUAAAACAGUUGGAUGGAUCCCAACUGCCGGUGUCGACGGCAGACCUAGCCCCAAAUAUUCCCCAAGAACUCAUUAUCGACAUACUCUUGCGCCUGCCCGCAAGACCCGUCGGCAAAUUCAGGUGCGUUUCGAAGCCAUGGCGUUCUCUUCUCUCCGACCCACUGUUCAUCAAAGCUCACCUCACUCUCCACCACCAUCAACCCCAGAAAUAUAUCCUUAUUUCUUCUUCCCCUCCUAUCGAAAAAUCAACUCUGUCCACCCUAACUUUCACCCCUACUGGCAGCGCUGACCACGAUGGCGUUUUAAAAAGGCUCACACUUCUGGAAAACCAAUUGACUGACGCCGAUAUUGUUGGUUCUUGCAAUGGGUUGGUCUUAGUUUCAGAAUUCAAGAUAAAACAUCCCUUUAGACGGCUAAGUAACCUUGAUUUUAUGUACUACUUGAUAAACCCCACAACCAUGGAGCUCGUGGAAUUACCCGCGAACCCUUUGGCUCCGGUGGCUCUUCCAAUUGGGGGUGCUUUCGGUUAUGAUAGGUCUAGUGAUGACUAUAAAGUCGUCACGUUAUCGAAUUGUGAACGGGUUACUAAUGAUGUUCAUCUCGAUGUUUUUAGUCUGAGGAGCGGAACUUGGAGGAGAAUUGACGUUUUGCGUUAUCGUCUUCAUUUUCUUUCGGGGGUGUUUCUGAAUGGUGCUAUACAUUGGUUGGUGAAGUCUGAUGUUUCACUAAUUUUAGCUUUCGAUUUGAGUUGCGAGGAAUUAAAGCUCCUGCCGCUGCCUUCUUCUCGUCCAGAAAACUGUUUGUUCUCUCGUAUUGCAGUUCUUGACGGAUGUCUAACAAUGGUUGCAACUAUGGGUUAUUGUAUUGAUGUUUGGAUGAUGAAGGAGUAUGGUGUUGAAGAAUCUUGGACCAAGUUUAGUGUUACUACACAAAACUAUGCGGCUCUUCCUUUACCUAUUUGCCUGCUGGGGGAUGAUGAUCUUGUUUUGUAUGUGAAUCAGAAACUCGUUGUGCAUAGUUUGACAGGAGAAACUAGGAGGGAUAUGUUAUUUGCUGGAGAUAAGUUUAGAGAUGUUAAGGCCUUUUGCGAAAGUCUUGUCUCGCCUAUUUGCUAUUGUCAGAAAUGA